AGUCUGAUGUGGAUGACUAACGAAGAGGCUCACAGGACGAACACAGAAACCUCUGAAACGCUUCAUCCUCAGACAACUGAAUUUUACUUUACACCCCUUUAAACGCCCUUAUCCACUUUCUCUGUAAUUAUUCUUACUUCUCCCUCUUUUAUCUCUUCACUGCACCUUCUGCUCUAUCACUUCGUCCUCUGCUCCCCCUGUGUCCGUUGAUUCUUUGGUGCUGCUGCCUGUUGGCUGCCUCUGUAUGGCUGAAUAAGUGGUAAGGGAGGUGGGGGUGCUCCGGUGGUUUUCCCUGAAGAGUGGUUGCAAAGUUGCAAUCAGGACCAGGACAAGCAAGAGGAGGAGGAGGAGGAGGAGGAGGAGCAGGAUGGCCAUGGCUCUGGAAGAAGUGUGGAGCCGGGUGAAGAAUGUCUGCAAACAGAACGGACUGCUGAUCCUGUCCGUGUUGGCCGUGGUCAUCGGCUGCCUGCUGGGCUUCUUCCUCAGAGGCAAACAGCUCUCCCAGCAGGAGGUGAAAUACUUCCAGUUUCCAGGAGAGCUGCUAAUGAGGAUGCUGAAGAUGUUGAUCUUGCCUUUAGUUGUAUCCAGUUUGAUGUCAGGUUUGGCAGCUCUGGACGCCAAAUGCUCCAGCCGUCUGGGCAUAAUGACCAUCUCCUACUACCUCUGGACCACGUUUGUUGCUGUGGUAGUUGGCAUUAUCAUGGUAUAUAUUAUCCACCCAGGAGGUGCUGCUCAAAAAGAGGACUCUGAUGACAGCAAAAAGCCAAUGACCAGCUCUGCUGAUGCUCUGCUAGAUCUCAUUCGCAACAUGUUUCCAGCCAAUUUGGUUCAAGCUACUUUUCAGCAGUAUCGAAGUCAGAGCGUCCCUGAGUUAAUUCCCAAACCAACCGUGGCCCCAGUUUUGGACGAGACCACCAAACGACGGAUCUACAUCUACGGCAUCCAGGAUGACAACAGCACAGACGUCCAGAAUUUCUCCCUGGAUCUCACGCCGCCACCUGAUGUUAUCAUGAAAACAUUACCCGGCACCAGUGAAGGCAUGAACGUCUUAGGAAUUGUAAUUUUCUCUGCAACUAUGGGAAUCAUGUUGGGCAGAAUGGGCCCCAAUGGAAGUGCUUUGGUGAACUUCUGCCAGAGUUUGAAUGAAGCUGUUUUGAAGAUUGUUGCCAUUGUCAUUUGGUACUUCCCUUUUGGGAUUGUGUUCCUAGUUGCUGGUAAGAUCCUAGAAAUGGAUGACCCAACAGCCAUGGGAAAGAAGCUGGGCUUUUACGCAAUCACAGUGGUAAUGGGUUUGGUCCUUCAUGGGCUGUUCAUCCUCCCGGCCAUGUACUUCUUCAUCACUAAGAAGAGCCCCAUUGUUUACAUCAGAGGCAUCUUGCAGGCUCUGCUCAUCUCAUUGGCCACAUCUUCCAGCUCUGCCACUCUGCCUAUUACCUUCAAGUGCCUCCUUGAAAACAACCACAUCGACAGACGGAUCAUCCGCUUCGUGCUUCCUGUGGGGGCCACCAUCAACAUGGACGGAACUGCACUCUACGAAGCUGUGGCAGCCAUUUUCAUCGCCCAAGUAAAUAAUUACGAGCUCGACUUUGGCCAGAUUAUCACCAUCAGCAUUACUGCCACGGCUGCCAGUAUCGGCGCUGCUGGAAUCCCACAGGCUGGACUUGUAACCAUGGUGAUUGUUUUGACCUCUGUUGGUCUGCCCACCGAUGACAUCUCUCUCAUCAUUGCUGUUGAUUGGGCAUUGGAUCGAUUCAGGACCAUGGUCAAUGUCAUGGGUGAUGCACUGGCCACAGGUAUCAUGGCUCACAUCUGCAGAAAGGAUUUUGUGAAAGAGGGGGAACAGGUGCCUCUGAUCUGUGAGACCAAACCCAUGAUAAGCAUCCAACAGAUGAUGACCUACCAAAACCAGAAGAACGACUACUACCAGCCGCCUCCACCAGGCAGCAAGCAUGACCACGUGUCCCCUGACGUGGCUCGGCUGAUCCAGCUGGAAGAGGGGAUCCGGCCUGUGGAGAAGAAGAAACACACCCACUCUUCACACCACAAGAGAGAGCACAGAGACAAGGACCACUGUUCCAUAGAUAUGAACGGGCUGGAAACUAAUGUAUAAAAACUGUCCGGCGAAUGGCGAUGACACAUCUGGAG